AGCAUGAAUAUGAGUGUGGCCAAACCUGAAGCAAAGACUAGUAACAAGGCUCCCCAAAGGACCACGGCCCCUGGAUCCCCACGCAAGGGCCCACCCAAGUUCAAACAGAGGAACAUCCGCCAGUUCAAGAGUAAGCCUCCCAAGAAAGGCGUCAUUGGUUUUGGAGAGGAAAUCCCUGGAAUGGAAUGGCUUGGCAAUGACAUUACUGUAAUCUGCCCUUGGGAAAAAUACAGCCAUCUAGAGCUGCAUGAACUGUCUCAGUAUGGUAUCAUCUGA